GAUUAAAGCACACAAAAGCCAACUACAAUUUGUGCGUUCUGUGUUGCAUGAACGAAGAAUAGCGAAAUAUUAACAUAUGUUUUCGUGUGGAAAUUGGGCUAUCUAUCCAUUUCAGUGAUAUGUGCAAAUAACGCUUGAUGUCGUCGGUAGUUGUCGUUGUUUUGUAGUGGAAUAAGGAAGUUUAGUCCGCAGAUGAGUGCAUUAAAAUGGUAAAACACGGGUUACUGUUUCCGAAAUCGAACCAAUUAUAAAUAGCGCAACACGGAAAUAAUGAUGAAUUAAAGUGCUCGUUAUAGAAUUGAAAUACAAAAAGUGCUUUAUAUGUAAACCGUAAAAAUAUUGCAUUUUACGUCCCAUCAUAUUUUGCCUCUCUAAGAAAAGUAUUUUUAAGAGAUGUUACCAACAAUAAAAUUUGUGUAGUGUUAGAGGAGGGUAAGAAGUCUAAGACUUGGAAGGAGUAAAAAGCAUGAGAAACAUUGCUCUGUGCUCCACCUAUGUAAUAAUCUGCGGCGGGAUUGGGAAUUGUUUGUGUGAUUGCUUCGCAUCUUAAAUAUGUAGGCUCUAUGAAGCAUUGAGAUUUACAAGGUUUUGAAAUGGCAAAUACUCUUUCCGUGAUGAACUUUGUAAGAAAUGUUGUCAGCAAGAAGCGUAGACGCUUUACUAAAGGAGGAUACAAUUUAGAUUUGGCUUACAUUUGUGACAAUAUCAUCGCCAUGGGUUAUCCAGCCGAUAACAUCGAGAGCAUAUACAGAAACCGUUUGGAGGAUGUGUAUAAAUUUUUAGAGGAAAAUCAUUACGACCAUUACAAAAUUUAUAAUCUUUGCCUUGAACGUAGCUACGAUAUAAAUAAGUUUCACAGAAGAGUUGCAGUUUACCCAUUUGAGGACCAUAACCCACCAUCAAUAGAACAAAUUCAAAACUUUUGUGAUGAUGUGGACUCUUGGCUUAAAGCAGAUAAUCUUAAUGUAGCAGCUGUACAUUGUAAAGCAGGAAAAGGAAGAACAGGUACAAUGAUUUGUUGCUAUUUACUAUACAGUGGACAAAAAUGUUCGGCCGAGGAUGCAUUGGCGUGUUAUGAUGAAAAGCGCACAAAAGAUGGUAAAGGCGUAACGAUUCCUUCUCAGAGGCGAUAUGUUCAGUAUUUUUCGAAGUUGAUUCGGUCCGGUUUACCUUAUGAGAGGCGAACUCUACAAUUCUGCGAGAUUCGAUUUACGGAAGCUCAUGUUUUGCUAAGCCAAGGUACGGUGAAUUGCUCAAUUUCAGAACUGCAAGAUACGGGAACUGCUGGUAAAGUACAGGCAUUGCAAAACUUAACAAUUGAUUUUCGGAAGUCAUUUACAUUGGACAUAAAAAACCCAACAUUAUGUGUAGCUGGUGAUAUUAAAGUGGAGUUGACUCAAAAGAUUUCAAAAAAGAAAAUCUUUCAUUUGUGGUUUAACACGUUUUUUGUGUAUGAUGCAGCGAAAAUUGAAGGCGACGGAGAUGAUGCCAAACUUGUGUACACACUAAACAAGUGUGAAAUAGAUGAUGCACAUAAAGAUAAAGAACAUAAACAUUUUUCAGAAGAUUUCAAGGUGCAACUUGUAUUUUAUGCUGACGAUUCAACUGCGAGAAAUCAGUCAAGUGUGAGUCACAGAUUAAAUAAUCACAGGACGUCACAAAGUGCUGGUCUGCCCCAAAACACAUAUUCCCUGCCUCAAAAUAGCAGUAGCGGCAGCGAUCUAAAUUAUAUAUGUGAUUACAAAUCCUCUUCAACAGCAUCUGUAAGCAGCUUAAUUGGAGGAGCAGGCGCUGAAAGUGGCUCAUUUGAAACGUACAACAGAUCGCUGCGCAGUUCAGCACCUAAUCAUGCGAUAUAUGCUUCUGCUUGCAGCAAUAAUUGUGGAGAGCGUGCCUCUUACUCAGGUAUUAUAGCACCUCCAUUACCACAGUCUUCCCCACCCUCAUAUGCGCAUUUCAAUAAUAUUGGUGUAGAUAUACAAAAACAUCAUAACUCAGUUGGAAAUAAUGUGCCACAACAGCAGCAAUCACAAACUGUUUUAAACACUGUGACAGCAACUUCAACACCCAAUUCAAAGCAUUCAGCAUAUGCCUUUACAAAUAAUCAACGUCAUCAAAAUCAGCAUCAGCAUCAGCAGCAGUAUCAACCGUCCGCGGGCAGAGACACUAAUAGCAACAAAAAUUUAAAUGCCCAAAUUAUAGGUUCUGAAACGCCGCGUCUAAAUCAUCAAAGUAGCUGUCAUGGAAGUGACAGCAAAAAUAACAGUAAUAGCAAUACCAGCAGCAAAAGUAGCAGCAUUAGCAGCCAUUCUUCAUCUUCUGCCACAGCUGAUAAUGAGGAGGACUGGGAAUCCGGUGAGUCCUCCGUUAAACCAAUUGCGCACAAUGUAUUAUUUUUAUCUUCACAAUUACCUUCCCCCCCUGCUACUCACUUAUCUUCUAUACCCGCUUCCAAUUUACAUAAGAGUUGUUUUUCAAAUUUUAAUAGAAAUAGUAGUAGUUAUUGUAAAAAUAAAAUUGGUGGUGAUAAUGAUGUUAAUGAUGAUGAUGAUGAUGAUGAUAAUUAUGACAAUAUAAAAAACAACCUUAUUUUAAAUUUAAAUGGAACAGAUGCAGCUUCUUCAGUUGUUCCACAAAGUUCCACAAAUACAUUUAUUGAAAAAUGUUACAUCGCUAAAAUCGAAAAUAAUGACCUGCCCAAAAGCAAUUCAGUUCAUACAAGUGAUAAGCAGAAACAAGCGCUCGUACUAUCCGCUGCUCCGACCAGUAGACAUAAAUUUAUGGACUUAUUAAUGGCACCUAAAAACACAUCAAACACGACACAGCACAAAAAACCGCUCUUUAGGCGAAAUUCUAAAUCAGCACAUUCCAGUGCUGGCAACAAAGGAAGCAUAUUAGCUUUACAAACAGUAGAUGGAGCAAACAAUUUUAAUUGUACAGGUAGUAGUGGUUUAGGUACGACUUCGAGGCAAAAACUUAAAAUCAAGCUGAAAAACAAUAAGCAGAAACUUUCUCAAAAAUUUCAAUGGUUUCAAAGUUAUUUUCGUAGCGAUCCCACUGAUUUUUGUGAAAAUUUUGUACAACAAACAACAGCGAUGCGACGAAAUAGUACAUGCAGUGUUAAUAGUCGUUCACAUAAAACGUCAGUAACUACUCCACCUAGUUCUUUUUCUGUGAAACUGUGUUAUCCAUCUACUACCUGUUCGUUAGAAACGGUGGAAACAGUUGACACCAAUGAUGCCAAGGAUGCUACACUUAAUUCCAAUAUAAAAUUAUCUUCACCGUCAACUUCAGUAACAGCUUCGAAUGCUAGUUUGUCAAUAGGUGGUGAUAUUUGUGACGAUUAUUAUUCUUCGAUAUGUGAUAAUCAAUUGAGCUCUAAUAACUCGCCAUGUAAAAGUCCACGAUCUUUGGUGGACAUAGUUAUGGCUGGUGGUAGUUAUAGCAGUAGUUGUGCACGCAGUGCUUCUUUAAGUAAUACUCCAGCUAUAAGACAACAUAUGCAAAAUGAAUUGCUUGGUGAUAAAAUGGCACUACAAUCAAUGAACGGUUAUAGUGGCAGUGCUAGUCGUCGUAAAGUAGUUGUUGUAGCCAGACCAGCAGAGACUCAUGCAAUUGGCUUUAAAGUGGCAGAAACAAAAACAGAACUUCAAAAUAUAUCUAAUAUUGUAUUAGAAGAUGAUAAAGAACAACGCCAAAAUCCACAAAAUCAGAACAUUUUAAAAUCUAAUAUGACACAUACGACAAAUACAUCCGUAGUAUCAGACACUCUCAGCACACUCAAUAUACCCCAUGUACCUAAUGUACAUAGUGUACGUAAUGUACUUGAUACAUCUGACACAAACCACGUGUCCAAUAUAAUCGACACAUCCGACACAAACCACGUGUCUAAUAUAAUCGAUACAUCCGAAACAAACCAUGUGUCCAAUAUAUUUGAUACAUUCGACACAAACCACGUGUCCAAUAUAUUCGAAACAUCGGCCAACACUUCCAACACCCUCGACACACCUAACACAUCCAACAAACCUAAUACAUUGUACACACCGGGUACUAUCGAGGCAACAGAAAAUGGUUAUAAUAGUGCAGCUACAACCGCUUCAAGUAUUUUUUGUACAUCCCCAAAAACAUUUAGUAAAGAGGAACCAUAUGAAACACAUAACAUACACUUUGUUUAUUCUAAAAUCUGCAAUGAUAUUGAAAAACUUUCCAUUAAUCAUACUACAAAUCCUGUCCAUUCACUAAAAUCUGACAAUUUAAGUAAUAAUCAUAUUGUCGGUGGUACUGUGCUUAAUUUAUUGAUACUCAAAAAAAACAACGAACAUCUUGAAGAUGCAGAGAAUACACUGCAUGUUGAGAAAAUCGAAACUCAUCCAGAGGAUACUAUAAAAAAUGUUAAGAAACAAGAUAGUCGUUCUAGAUUAGAUGGUGACUUUUUUGAAAAUGAUCACGAAACUGUAUGUAGUAGUGAUGUUAGUUCUGUUUUACAAAACUGCAAUUUCACAUGUGCCUUGGCAUGUAACAAUAGUAGCGGCAGUAGCUUUUGCACUAGUGAGUGCUGUACAAAUAGUAGCAGUAGCACUUGCAGUUGUAAUCCGUUUGCAAUUGAUUUAGAACGGUAUGCAGCAUCCCGCAGUGCAGAGAAAAUACAAGAAAAAACAGAAGCUCCAAUAAACUUUCCAAUAAGCUGCGUUGAUAAUAGCAGCGAUAAUAGAAAUAUAUGUGCUAAUGAUGUUGAUGAUAAUGUUGAUGUUAAAGAUUGCACUUGCAACGUGCAGACCGCAGGGUCCCUGAAGUUGGAGAUGGAGGACAGUACGAGUGUAAAUUUCUUACCGGCAUCGACAUCGACAUCGCAAGCAGUAUCCAGUAAAUCUGCGCAAAAUAGUUUAAAUACGAAUAAAAAAUUUGACAACGUGUGAACGCUUUGAAAAGUAACGUUAAUCUUUAAUUCCGAAACGCACUCUAAUUACAAAAUCUUUUUUUUAACGAAUAUGAGCGUUUAUAUAGAUAAGUGUCAGUGAAUUGCUAUUGGGCAGCAGUCAAGAGCGAAUGACUUACUACUGUAACGAUACAUUUAUUGGUAAUUUUUGUUAUAAUUUUAUGUUUCAAUCAUUUGAAGGAUUUCUAUUUUUAGUUUUUUUUUUU